AUGGUUUUACCGAUCCGAUAUCGAAUCCAAGCAAAAUUUGUCUUGGGUUAUUGUCCAAUGUUAACAGAAAUCAGCAGAUUGAAUCCACAAGAAGACGCAUUGGCAAAGCUACUGGCCGAAUCGACCCGUUGCUGCUCGUUUGAUGCAAUUUAUGAAUUAACGAAUAUGACAAUAAUACGGAUGUCGUUUGUGAAGGGUUGGGGUGCCGAGUAUCAAAGACAGGAUGUUACGUCGACUCCAUGCUGGAUCGAAAUACAUCUCCAUGCUCCGCUUCAGGUUUAUCAUUUUUUCUUUUUCGCCCAAAAACGGACUUAGUA